AUGGAGUUGGUGGGUAAAGUCAUCAGGAAGGAGAUCGAUGGGGUUGGGUUUUGCUCCGGGACGGUUCGAUCUUACGAUUCGUCUGGAUUUUUCCAGAUCGUUUAUGAGAAUGGACUUACGGAGAUUUCAAAAUUGGACGAGGUUACUGCUCUCGUGAUGGGACAAGGGAAUUCUCAGGAGACGUCGACUCAAGUGAAGCCGCGAGUUGGUAGGAGGGGAAGGAAACGGUCUCGGGUCGUGAGGAUUGAUGAGAUCAAGCGUGGUAGCUCUAGCGGAGGGACGGUGAAAUGGCAGAGUGAGGUAAAUGUCAUGAGAAAUGUCGAUUUAAAUGAUGUUGUUGCGGAGGAUUCUGGGGCUAGUGAUUGUUUAGGUUUGGAAUUGGGAGGGAAUGUUGAUUUGAAUUGUGGUCCUGUGGAAACCCUAAGUAGGAAAUGGGAGUGUGUGACGGAUUUGAAUAGGAAUGUGCCGGAACCAAGUACUGGGUUUGAUUUGAAUACUGGGUUGGAUUGGAGUUUGAAUGAAAGUUUAGGUUUGGUUAAUGUAGAUAUCGAUUAUGAGGAAAACUCUAGUGAGAGAAAGAGGGGAUUGAUUGAUCUGAACGUUGAUGCGAGCUGUGAUUGGGAUAAUGCUGGAGACUGUGCGUUGAGUGCACAGAAGGAGGGAGGAUUCGAUUUGAACUUGGAGGUUAACGCUGAAGACAUCAAGGAGGAGGAUGUAUUCGUUCAAGUGAAUGGAACUGUCGAAGUUCAAGAAAUCAACAUGCAGGACGAAAAUGGUGUCAAGGGUCAUCUUGAGACUGGAGAAUAUAAAGAAGUUCAUGUUGCUGAAGUAUCAAGAGCUCAGCUUUUGGAGGAGCUACAGAAGCAGAAUAGUGUUUCACUGCAAGAUCUCAAUACUCCUGAAUCUAAUGGGGUUGAGAGGGAUCAUGAUCUGCCUGAGCAUGAUGCUAAGACUGUUGACGAGCAUCCCUCUGAUAGGGAAAUUUCGGAUGUAUAUACAAGUGGUAGGAGGAAAAGAAGAAAAGGCUUGGAGAAUCCAAAAUUCACGAGUCAACCUCGGUUGAGAAGAAGUGCUCGUAGAACAUUGGCUCGAUCUCCUGUCAGUAGCACUGUAACAGCUUGCUUAGUUGAUGAAGUAUCCCCUUCUCCGUCAGUUAGUAGUCUGACAGAGGAAAAAACUUGGAUCGUUGAUGGAAAAGCUGAGAAUAUUUCUAUGCUUCCUUCAAAGCCACAAUUACCUCCAUCCUCGCAUAAAUGGGAUUUAGAUGGGCUUUCCAUACUUGAUGUCUUUGCUGCUUACUCUUGUCUGAGGUCCUUCAGUACUCUGCUGUUUUUGAGCCCCUUUGAGUUGAAGGAUUUUGUGGAAGCCGUGAGGUGCAUGUCUCCUAGUCUAUUAUUUGAUAGCAUCCAUGUUUCUGUCUUGCAAAUAUUAAGAAAACAUUUAAAACAACUCGCUGCUGAAGGUGACCUAUCUGCGUCUGCUUGCCUGAGGAGUCUUGAUUGGGAUACGUUGGAUGUGGUUACGUAUCCCCUUUUUGUGAUCGAAUACCUGCUAUUUUCUGGGUCUAAGGACAACCCUGGAAUGGAUCUUACUCGGUUGAAUUUGUUCAGAAAUGAGUAUUUCAGACAACCCAUGAAUCUGAAAAUUGAGAUACUUAACCGUUUGUGUAAUGAUAUGACAGAUGCUGAAGUUGUGAGAUCAGAGCUUAAUAAAAGAUCUUUUGCAGCUGAGUCUGUAACGGAACUUGAUAGGAAGUCGAACACAGAAGUACGACGCAGAAAGCGAACUAUGAUGGGGCUAGCAGAUCAUUUGUCUUUAAAUGAUGAGGUCAUUGGUGGCUCGUUUGACCGGAACAGUGACGACUGCUGUCUUUGCAAAAUGGAUGGGAGCUUACUGUGUUGUGAUGGCUGUCCGGCUGCCUAUCAUUCUAAGUGUGUCGGUGUUUCCAGUCAGCUAUUGCCUGAGGGUGACUGGUACUGCCCUGAAUGUGCAUUUGAACGGCGUGUACCAGGAUUGAAGCCUGAAAAGCAAAUCCGAGGAGCAGAGUUUAUAGAGAUUGAUCCCCAUGGCAGAAGAUACUACAGCAGUUGUGGCUACUUGUUGGUGAUAGAUACAGAUGGAUCAGGCUCAUUGAACUACUACCAUGUGAAUGACGUGAACCUUGUGCUGGAGCAGCUAAAGGCAUGCAGUAGUUUCUAUAGUGGCGUAAUAAGUGCAAUUAAGAAACACUUGGAUAUCCCUGUUGGGCUGGAGAGAACAGUCAGCGGUGUAAAUUCCCAAAUGUCUGUAUGCUUGGCUAAGCCAGCCGAAGGAAUCAUUCCUUCUAUUGAUGGGUUUAAGGCUCCUCUACCAGUUCCCGAAAAACAGUCAACAUCUGAUGUUAAAAAAUCCAGCAAUGGAGGUUCACAUAAUCGUCGUCCUAGGACUCGACGGAUGAUAUCAGAUUCAGCUACUGGGCGAAAUACCCUUAAUAUGAGUUCUGAAGGAUCUGCUGAAACUGUACAAAAUGGUUUGGAUGUCCAGGGUCUUCAUAAGACAGCACCAUCAAGCAUUUUGGAUAUCAUGAAAGAGCCAAAUUCGAAUUCGUCUUCCCAUAAUUUGGCUAGAUUGAACACAAGGAAAGGAAUCAGACCGAAUGUGCAGAGCGAAACAGGCUACAGAAACCAUUACAUAUUUGCUCAGAUGACUACAUCAAUUUAUCAAGAGAUGAUGUGUAAGUCACUAAUCCGUACCAAUGAUAUGAGAUCUGAUGAAGAGAUAGCUUCUACCCAGGUGAAGACUAUAUUGAUGCAAACCACCAAAUUUCAAUGGCGAAACAUCCAAAGCCUCUACCUAGAUGUAUGGAAAGAAAAGUGUGGAUGGUGUCAUUCUUGCAAAAGUUCUGAUGAUGACGUUGGGAAUGAGACAAAUUGUUUGUUUAACAUGAGUCUUGGGGCUUUACAGGGUCCUUCGGAAAGUCAAGUUGCCAACAGUCGGUUCGUUGAUAAGACAAGUCAUCUGUUUGCUAUCAUAUGCCAGAUAUUAUCCAUGGAAAGUCGACUGCAAGGUCUUUUGGUUGGUCCAUGGUUGAAUCCACAGCACUCCAGGAUUUGGCGUGAACACAUUCUGAGCGCAUCAAAUAUCUCAAGCUUGAAACGUUUAUUAGUUGAGUUAGAGGCAAAUUUGCAUCAUCGUGUACUUUCACUGGAGUGGCUAAACCAUGUUGAUUCUGCCGUAGUAAUGGGCUCAGCUAUUCAUGUUCUCAUUGCUUCGUCACGAUCAUGGUCAAAAACUGCUAUUGGUAAAAGAAGGGGGACACUGCUGGAGUCUGGGGCUAACCCUACUGCAAAGAAAAAUGGUGGAUUGACCAUGUGCUGGUGGAGAGGCGGCCGAGUUUCACGGCGGUUAUUCAACUGGAAGGUUUUACCUCGCUCUUUGAUCUCGAAGGCUGCUAGACAAGGUGGAAGUAUGAAUAUUCCAGGAAUACUGUAUCCUGAGAAUUCAGAUCCGGCUAAGAGAAGCCGACGCAUUGCCUGGGAAGCAGCUGUUGAGUCAUCUAUGACUUCAGAGCAGCUUGGUUUGCAGGUGAGGACACUCCACUCUUACAUAAUGUGGGAUGAUAUUGAAAACAGUCAUCUUCUUCCUGCAACGGACAAAGAAUCCAAAAAAUCUGCCAGGCUAUUCAAAAAAGCGAUUGUCCGUAGGAAGUGCACAGAGGAAGAGACUGUGAAAUAUCUCCUUGACUUUGGUAAGAGGAGAAAUAUUCCAGAUGUUGUAUUGAAGAAUGGUUGCAUGGUUGAAGAAUCCUCGAGCGGAAGAAAAAAAUUCUGGUUGAACGAAUCACAUGUGCCUUUACAUCUUCUGAAAGGAUUUGAAGAGAAAAAAGCUGUCCGAAAAAUUAGUAAGCCAGUAGGCUCUUUCAGACAUUCUGAGAUAGACAAAGUACGGAAAAGGUCUUCAGAGGGAAAAGGAUUCUCAUACCUAUUUGAAAGGGCAGAAAGAUCUGAAUCCUCUGUGUGCGAGCAAUGUAAGAAAGAUGUGCCUUUGAGUGAAGCUGCCUGCUGCCACAUCUGCAAAAGAUCAUUUCACAAAAAGCAUAUCAGGAGGGCGGAGAAAGAAGGCAUGUACAUCUGUCAUGAAUGCAGAAGUGAAGUGGUAGCGAAAGAAAUACCCAUCAAACGGAAAAGAGGGCGGCCCCCGGGGAGUUUCCGUAAAAAAAUUGGAGUUCAGAGUCUUCAGACACAGAAGCACAAAAUGGUCAUACCUGCCCGCAAAUCAACUCGGCUAAAGAAGACUAAAACUUCACUGGCAGAGAGAAUUUCCAUAAGGUCAAAGAAUCAUAAGAAGGUUGUUGCAAGCAAACCAUUGCGACGUUCAGGCAGGCAAACAAAGCAUGUUAUUCGGCUACAAGAUGAAAGUAAAGUACCUGCAGAGAGUAAGAAACGGAAACUGGAAACCAAAAGAGGCAGAGGCAGGCCUAAGAAAGUAAAACAAGAGAUUUCCAUUAAGAAGGAGAGAUCAGAAAGGUGUUUUAGCUAUUGGUUGAAGGGCCUCCUGUUAUCCAGAAAGCCUGGUGAUGAACGGGUCAAGAAGUUCCAGAAAGAUAGAUAUUAUAUUUUAUUGAAGAACUCUGAGCCUGACCAUGAUCAACCUAAGUGUCAUUUAUGCAGCUCGACUGAAGCUGGAUCAACAUUCAUUGCUUGCGAAAUCUGUGGAGAAUGGUACCAUGGAGAUGCAUAUGGUCUUAAUGAGGAGAAUUCAAGUAUGGUGAUUGGAUUCCGGUGCCAUCUCUGUAGGAAACAAGCUUCUCCCAUCUGCCCACAUAUGUGA